AUGCUGGGGUGGCGGCGCGGUGACUCGCGGGGCCUCUGUGCAGCGGGGCCGGGGCCGGGGCCGGGCCGCUCGGUUGGUGGUGGAGGGGCCGCCCGAGCCGCGACUGCGGCCCCGCAGGGGCACGCCGCUGUGCCGGAGGCGGUGCUGAAGCGGUGUUCCCCGGAGUUCUGCGCUGUGCCGGCGGGGCCAUGGAGGUCCAUUUUCUUCUUAGGGUUGUCGGUGGUCGAGCCGCGCGUUGGGAGCCAUUGUUGCGCUCACACCAUGCUGGUGGCACUGCUUCUGCCCUUCCCGUGCCUCCUGAGCCCAGCUGCCACUGGGAGGCUGCUGGUGAUCCCCAUGGAGGGCAGCCACUGGCUCAGCAUGAAAAAAGUGCUGGUGGAGCUGAGCAAGAGAGGGCACCAAAUCGUGGUCAUCGCACCGGACAGCAAAAUCCUGAUCGAUUCGUCGGAUGUCUACGAACUGAAAACCUACUCUGUGCCAUUGAUGAAGGAGGAUGUGGAAGAACACGUUCGCACCUUCAUUGAAAAAUCUUUCAGCCAAGAGCAUUUCCUGAGGCAGAGCGGAACCCUUUUCCAUGCUUCAUGUAAGUCCUUGCUGCAGAACCAAGAGCUGCUGAAGUACAUUGGAGAGGGUCACUUCGAUGCCCUGCUCACAGAUCCUGUGUCACCCUGUGGGCAGAUCAUUGCCCUGCACUUCUCCAUCCCCAGUGUUUUCUUCCUGCGGAUGGUUCCGUGUGCCUUGGAGGUUCGCGCGGCUCAGGGCCCGGACCCGCCGUCCUACGUCCCACGGGGGUUCUCAGAAUACACCGACCACAUGACCUUCUCCCAGAGGGUCAAGAACUUCCUGAUUGUCCUUUCUGAGUCCUUCAUCUGCAAUAUUGCCUAUUCUCAGUUUGAGGAGCUGGCCUCAGAGUUCCUCCAAAAACCCAUGACAAUGACCGAGAUUUUAAGUCACGGAUCGAUCUGGCUGAGGAGAAUCGACUUUGUCUUUGAGUAUCCCAUGCCUGUCAUGCCCAACAUGGUUUUCAUUGGAGGCAUCCACUGUGGAGAGAAGAAGAAGCCCUUAUCUCAGGUCACUGGCUGGCAGCCUGGCAGAGGUUGUGGCACUCACAAACCUGCAUGGUCCAAGUGA